AUGUCUACCGCCGUCGCCCAAGCCCCGGCCGCAGCGCUACCAUCCCCCCGCAUGAAUAGAGAGUCGAGCCCGAGACGGCUGGCACCAGCAGCCUCCAGUCACCCCAGCUCUACACCCCCGCGUGCGGCUCUUGUCUCGCGAGAUGGAUCUUCAAAUAAGAGUUCCCCUGCCGGGAAGAAAGUGAAUUCGCCCGGUUCACAGAGUGGAAACGCUCCGAAAGUGAUAGUAAAGAAGGAACCGCCUUCCUCGCCCGGAAUGCAAACAAGUACCCGACCCCGACCCCGAAAACUAGAUCUCUCCACGAGCCUCCCCAGCUCUGAGAGACUGUCAGCCCGGCCGCCUGGCGGUCCUAUGACAGCUCGCGAUGUUAGUAUGCAGGAUGUAGGACUGGCCUGCUUGUCCCCGGGCUUCCAAACCCACGAUCCGAUUAUGCGGGAACAGCUACAGAGGAGCUUGUCGGUCCGAGACCAACAACGACAUAUAAUCGAAGCUAGACUCCAAAAAUCGGCCAAGGAUGACGGCCCGGAGGGUAUGAAACCAUCCGAGUCCAAUACGUUUAGUCUUCCAAAGGCUGCGUCUUCGAAAAGGAGGCCUCCUCCGGGACUGUCUAUCGUACCCCCAACAGCGGCGCAGUUCGCCAACGAGCGUGUAAUCCAGUCCGCACCACUUAACCAAACAUUUACAGGUCGGCACCAACCGCAACCAUUGACUCGCCACGUUGUCAAUCAGAGCCCAACGCUAGGUUCUACUUCGCAUAUACACCAUGUGCCCGCGACACAAACCGCCAAUCGCCUUCCCCCUCUUUCUGAUGUCUUUGGGUCCGACUCUUUGACGGCUGCUCGCGAACGUGACGCGAACCGCACUCCCUACCAGCAGAAUAACCUCCCUCCCAUGCCGUCACCUAGAAUAUCAGGAAUCGCGCAGCAAUCUAAUAGACCACGCGAAUACCGCUCAGCCGAAGAGGCAGUUCAAGAUAUGUCUGGUGGACGCGAGGACCUUCUACCCCGUAUCGUGCACUAUGGUGGCCAUCAACCUCCCACCCCACCCUCCCCCCGCGCCGCCAACGGUCCCAAGUCUGCUGUUCCCCAUCUGGAGUCAACAACAAUGGCAAGCGCACAUGCUCCUCACCACCCAGCGCCGUACGCAGCUGAAGGAACUGCUCGCCGUCGUCCUAGAAGUGAAUAUGAGCGGGACAACGGCAGCCCGCCGUUGGGCCAUGGGCCCGACCCUCACUACAGGCCUAAUCCUGCUUUAGGACAUGCUUCAAACCCGGCAUACGGGCCGUUCGGAGCUGGUCGAGACUCGCCAGAGACGCAACGGAGAAAGAAGGAAGAAUUCUUAGGUCUCUGCGCGCGUGCCUGGGACCUAUUUCAUUCUUAG